ACACGGUAUUAUAAUUAGUUUCGAAAUAGUUACGUGUUUAAUAUCCUUCCUGGUUACGUUACUGAACUGGAGGCGUAAAUAAAGAAGGGUUUAGCGAGAGACAUUUUGCUAUCGUCUGCGUAUGCGCCGUAACACAAUAUGCCAAUGGCGUCACCAUCUGUUUUUAUUUCUAUUUUCUUCUCAUUUAACAGCCAGCAACUGUACACACGCCAAUAAUCUUCAGCAUAAUUAGGCAUGGAGGUCAUUUAAUUACCAGGGUAUAUACAUCUCGCUGGGUGGUGUUAUAAGAGGGUAUAAAAUGUGAGAAUAUAGACUAGGUGAGAGUGUUGGGUGCGAGUGCGUACACACAGCGGCGCCAGACUGUCCCACGGUGGUGUAACGAGAUCUUAGCGAGAAGACUUAACGAGAAUUUUGUGAUCUUACAGUUAUCCGUCGCUCACGGCACCUGCGAGUGUACCAUGAUAACUCUUAGCUUCAUGUGCCAUCGAGUGUAUAGUUCAUGGUACCGUGCAAGUGUGAAAUGGAAGUGAAAAAGAGGAAAGCUCGCUUUUCCGUUCAUGAAAUCGACGUCCUGGUGGACGAAGUGUACAAGAACAGGGCGACGCUCUUCUCCAGACUCUGCAGUACCAUCACUAACGAGAAAAAAAUGAUUAUCUGGCAAGCCAUCACCGAGAAAGUUAACGAGGUGUGUACCGUUCAGCCUAGAACUGCCGAUGAAGUUAGACGAAAAUGGUAUUAUUAUCUUAGCGACAGAAAGAAAGAAGUUUCCCGUAGAAAUAAGUUAAAGAAAACGGACUGUCACUCUGAGGUGUUGUACAGCCAGACAGAUCUAAGAAUUCUUGAACUUUUGGGCGAGAUAGAUGCCACCGAGAGAACAGUAGAAGGCGCAGUAGAGGGCCUCAUCUGUGAGGUAGACGCUGAUGCUCUGCCUAUAAGACCCUCAUCAGUGUCAAGUGACUUUAAUGAACAGGACCACAAUUUAAAGUCUCGCACCUCCUCAAGGGGGAUUCUCUCCCCCUCGCGUCUACAGGAUCAUUCACUAACUUCCGAAGAAGAACCUGGUGUGGGAGCAGCAGCCAUAGCGACACCAGCGGUGGACACCAUAAAAAAAGAAAGCGUGUGCACAAACCACGACAGCUUCAGUGUGUACACCAACCACGACAGCUUCAGCCCUACAGUCACCGUGGGCAGCCCAGAGGACGACAAUAAUUACAGGCAUCCCAGCACGAAGCGGCCGCGCACGGAAGGCAAUGACAUCGACCAGGACGACGACCGCGACGACCAGGAAUUCCUGCAGCUGGAGAAGCGACGGGUCUACCUGCAAGAGUGUCAGCUGCGCCUCCUCCACGACAUCUACAGGCAGAUGCAGACAGACUCCGAGAGGAACCACGCCUUCCAGCAGGCAUUUCUCGACAUUGAAAGGCAAAGACUGGAGCUAGAGAAAUCUGCCACUUCCAAGUAGCAUUUUGCUACUGUUGCUUAAGCCUUUCUAAAUUGCCUACUCUAAAUCACCCUUAUUUACCAAUAACAGCUACAGGCAGCAGACAGUGGCGAUUCGAACCAAUAUUGUCAAUACUCUGGGCUAAGAAAUGGCAAAAUACCUUAGUUUCAAAUAAUUACGAUACAAUGGCCAGAACAAAUCACAAGGCUACAAAUUAGAAAUGAAAACUGGAUGCCAUUUAGAUUCAUGCUGGGCAGCUGUCAAAUAACCUUUUUAGUUAUUGUCUACAGUUUUAAAAGG